AUGAGCCGGGAGUCUCUGCUACCGUAUCACACGGCCCAGAGCAGCGCCAGAGCAGGCCUGUUCACAACCACCAGGGGCAAACUGCAGCGGCAACUGCGCAAGGGUGAGUACGACAUAUUCAAGUAUGCCCCGAUCUUCGAGAGCGACUUUAUCCAGAUCACCAAGAGGGGAGAAGUGAUCGACGUGCACAACCGCGUCCGCAUGGUGACCGUGGGCAUCGCAUCCACCAGCCCCCUCCUCCCCCUCCCAGACGUCAUGCUACUGGCCCGGCCGGCCACCGGCUGCGAUGACCACGGCCGCGGCCAGACCACCAAGGCCAAGAGCCGCAAGGCUGCAAAGACCUUAGAGCUCACCAGGCUCCUUCCCUUGAAGUUCGUGAGGAUCUCCAUUCACGACCGCGAGAAACAACAGCUGCGCCUGAAGUUCGCCACCGGCCGCUCCUGCUACCUGCAUCUGUGCCCCCCGCUGAACUCGCGGGAAGACCUAUUCACCUACUGGGAGAAGCUCGUCUACCUCCUGCGGCCGCCGGUGGACUGCCAGAGCAGCACCUACGCCAUUCCAGCGGGGGACGUGAUCUGCAUGCCCGUGUUCGAGGAGGACAGGAGGAGCGCGGCGGCCGUGGAUUUCCAAGGCCGGGGCGAUCAGGACCAGGUAAGCGUCAGGAGCCUCCGCGCGGGCUCCGAGGUGGCCGGGGCCACCUCUGCAGCUUUUGCCGGAGGGGAGGGCCUCCAGCUGGACUUCUACAGUCCCGAUCCUGUGCCUGACGGGGCCAAGGCAAACACCAAACCCAGCCAGCUCCACGAAGAGUCAGCAGCGGGGCCGAUGACUCAGGUGGCCGCAGCAGACGCCACAGGGGGUGAUCUGAACGUGACCAAGUCCCAUGCCUCUGAAGAGCAGAGCAUGGCCCUUGAAGUCACCGUCACCAAGGGCCUGGGAGGAAGCAAAAGCAGCAUAGCCAUGGCAGGCGCUGCCAAAACCUCCCUGAGGACCAGGAAAACGGCCUUGGCACACGCUGCCAAAAAUUCGGAGUACCCUUCCAGCACAUCCACCAGCCUCUCCCCGGAAGCCAGCAUGACUAUGGUUGGAAUGGAGGCCACCAGGAAGACCGCCAGAGGAAAAGCCAAUGAGGACGACGAGGGGACCCUCAUCUCAGCCUUGCCGCAGGAAGACCAAGAGAGUGAAGAGGAAGACAGGCCCCUGAGAGUGUCGCAGGCCCGCAGGGGAAGAAGGGAGAGGAGGGAACACCGGGAGAAGGAGCGAGCUCUCAGGGGCUCACGUCCCCGCGGGGCAGCCGAAAGCCGCCACAAGGCCGCGGGGGACAAGGCGAUUCGGAAGACAGCCGGCAGGUCCUCAGGCGGCCGGAGGGCCAUGAGGGAUGACAAAAAGGAGAAAGGCCACGGCAGCCUGGGGGACAGCAAGCGGGGCGCGGAGCACAAAGGCAUCAGCCACGCUCCCAUCACCAAGGAGUCCAGGACCUCGCACAAAUCGGCCAGGAGCUUAUCUACCGGCAGUUCACUUUCCAACAACAAGAGACUCAGCAGGAUCAGCUCUUUCUUGAGGAAUGUCCGAGCCAGUCUCACUACAAAGACAGUGGCCUUGUCACACAAUAAAGAUGUGGACCUCUUGGAGAAGGUGGUGGAAAGGAAAAGAAUGGAGGCCAUCAUGGAGACAACAGAGAGUGGCCAGGGGCUGGAAAUCGCUGGGAGUGUGACAUCCGAGGCCAUGGAGACAGUGACCGUUGAAGCCCAUCAAUAG